AUGAAGAUGGCACUGAGCACUGUGACAACAUUCCUGCUGGCUCGCGCAUCAUCGGCAUUAAUGCGAUUCGAAAGGCCUUUACAACCUCAGACUGCUGCACCACACUAUGCAGCCGCGCCACACUAUGCAGCCGCGGUCGCGGAACCAGAGCUCGUAAAAGAAGCUGAUAUUGAUGAGUCGUUGUUCGUCGACGAGGCGGCCGCGCUCGCGCGGAGCACCUUUCCGCUCUCGGCCGACGAGAUGAUCACGCUCUCCAAACGAUUCAUCUCGAGCCGCGGCGGCCUGGGUGCGGACCCCGCGCUGCUGGCCGAGAGUUUUGUUUUUGAGGGCCCCGUCGUCGGUCCGCUCGACAAGCAGGCUUUUGUGGAUGCGAUCGGCUCCGUCGAUUUUGACAAGGCCUUCCCCGACUUUCAGGGCGAGUUCUACGGCUUCCAUGUCGAUCCCUUCGAUUUAAACAGAGUGUGGUACACGGCGCGCGGGCGCGGCACGAACACGGGUCCGCUGCCGCCGUUCGCGCCCCAGGCGACGGGCAAGCAGCUCGUGAACCCGCCGCAAGUCUGCUCGCUGACCUUCGACAAGUCCGGCCUCGUGACGCGCUACACGAUCGGCUACGUCGUCGACCGCCAGGUCGGCACGACGGGCGGCCUCGGCGGGCUCUACGGCGUCCUCUACGCGAUCGGGAGGCCACUGCCCUUUCCCGAGGCCCGGCCCUGGCGGAAGUCGCCCCAGUACGCGCUCUUCCAGGCCGUCGGGGGCGCGCUCCAGGCGCUCCUCGGCUAA